AUGGCAAGGUGGGGCCCCAGGCCCGACCUGCCGACCCCGUACAUUCCGGAGUGCUACUCGCACCAGUACAUCCGGCAGCUGAACACAAAGGGCGUGGACAAGUACUCGUCUGUGUCAUACUGGAAGCUGUAUAACGGCGGUACCGCAUGGGACUGCCUUGGGAUGAACGAGAGUUUCAAGGGACUCUAUUCGCCCAUCGGCCGCAUGGUGUGGCAGGUCGCCGGUACUCUGAAGUACAUGUUGGAAGCCGGCGAGUGCCCCAUGUUCCACUGCGACCUCCACCUUUGCAACAUCUUCGUCGACUUCGGCAGAGACACCAACUUGCCCGACUUUUACGUUGGCGACUUUGGCAGAGCCAAGAUG